AUGAAGACUAAUGUGGUUGACGGACCAAGUAUCCAUUCCCCCUCUGGUAGGCACGAACUCAUACCCCGAAAGUAUAAAAAGGCACUUUCCAAGGGUGAUUCUUUCUCAUUCCCGUCAGGACCCCGGAGACCAUCGAACUCGACGUCAAGUGUGCACGUUGUGAAGCCGUCUUUGUGUCACCAGAAUCCACGUUUGUUCACCUUUCUGUCACUAAACCAGUCCGGAUCAACCAUGCAGCUGCCAGGUGGUGGCCACUUCCGGCUGCUCCACUCCGACCAGAUUUGUUGCCCGGGCAGACCGCACUGAGCGUCGUGCUCUGCAUCUGGCGACAAAUUUAAUAGAAAUUACAGUGGUUGAGUCUUUCCGUAAUGGCGGGGACGAGCCCGCUGACAAAAUGGAGGCCACAAAAUGGCGUCUGGCAAGUGAUUUAGAUUUAAGGGUGAUAGUCAGUAAGCGUGAUGAAAGAAAAGUUUUAAAUAAAAUGUGAGUGACUAAAU